UUCUGGUGUAAAAUAUAAAAAGAUGGUCAGUAUCGGAAUCAUCUUCACACUUCUCUCUCAACUGUCGUCAGAAGAGCAGCCAGACACUCCCCCAACUUGCAAAAUGAAAUUCAUCGUCGCUCUCGCUUUCUUGGCCGUGGCCCUCGCCGCACCUCAAGCCGACAAGAAGCCCGUUGAGAUUAUUUCAUCAAACAGCGAAAUGAACGCCGACGGCAGCUACUCAUUUGCUUUCGAGAGUGAGGAUGGCACCAAAGUCUCAGAGAGCGGCAGCCAGAAGCAAGUCGGACCUAAACCUGAGGAUAUCGGCACAGUCUCCAAGGGAUCUUACUCUUACACUUCUCCCGAUGGCGUCGUCAUCACCGUCAACUGGGUCGCCGAUGAAAACGGAUUCCAGGCCACCGGUGACCAUUUGCCCACACCUCCCCCCAUGCCCGAGCACGUCGUCAAGAUGCUCGCCGACCUGAAGGCUGCCGGUCUUCUGUAAACUGCUCAAUAUUAUAUCCUGAUAAGCCAUCGUGUAACUCGCUUAAUGUGUACAUAACGUCCACAACGCUUGACGAUCCUAUAGUGUAAGCUUGAGAUCAAUUGAAAUGGGCAUGUAUCAUAUUACUAUUUCCGUGAGCAGGUUACAGAAUACAUUUUUGUACGUUUCUA